GGGAAAUUGUGAGAAGCUCUGUUUCUGUCACCUGAUUGGUUGAGCUCCCUUGUCCCGCCCCCUUGUUCUUCAACAAACAUCUGCUGAAACCCUUCCAGCCUGAGUCACUCCACUAGAAGCCAGGAACUGGCCACAGGAAAAGGAUUUCAACUGGUGGUGUGGGCAAGAUGGAAACCAACUUCUCCAGCCCUCUGAAUAGAUCUGAGAUGCUCUAUGAGUCUACUACAUACACUAUUCUGCAGUACUUCUCCCUAGUGGUGUUUGGAGUCACCUUUGUGCUCGGCAUCCUCGGCAAUGGGCUUGUGAUCUGGGUGGCUGGAUUCCGGAUGGCACGCACUGUCACCACCUUGUGUUACCUGAACCUGGCCAUAGCUGACUUCUCCUUCACUGCCACUCUACCAUUCCUCAUGGUCUCAAUGGUCAUGAAAGAACAAUGGCCUUUUGGCUGGUUCCUAUGCAAGUUUGUUUACACCGUGGUGGACAUAAACCUGUUUGGAAGUGUUUUCCUCAUUGCUUUCAUUGCUCUGGACCGCUGUAUUUGUGUCCUGCAUCCAGUCUGGGCCCAGAACCACCGCACUGUAAGCCUGGCUACAAAAGUGAUCAUUGCACCCUGGAUUCUUGCACUAGUCCUUACCUCACAAAUUUUCAUCUUCUUGACUACAGCAAGUGAUAGAAAUGGGAAUACAUACUGUGCUUUCUCCUUUGCAUCCUGGGGUGACACCCCUGAAGAGAUAUUGAAGGUGGCCAUCACAGUGUCCACAGCCAGGUCGAUCAUCCGGUUCAUCAUUGGCUUCACUGCGCCCAUGUCCAUCGUUGCUGUCUGCUAUGGGCUCAUAGCUGCCAAGAUCCGCAAAAAAGGCAUGAUGGAUUCCAGCCGUCCCUUACGGGUCCUCACUGCUGUCGUGGCUUCCUUCUUCCUUUGUUGGUUCCCCUUUCAAGUGAUUGCCCUUUUGAACACACUUUGGUCUAGAGAGUCACUUUUUCAGCAGAAGUACAGAAUCUUUGUUAAUCCACUGAGAUCCCUGGCAUUCUUCAACAGCUGCCUCAAUCCAAUGCUCUACGUCUUCGUGGGCCAAGACUUCCGGAAAAGACUGAUCCACUCUCUGCCUGCCAGUCUGGAGAGGGCCCUGACUGAAGACUCAGCCCAGACCAGUGACACAACAGCCAAAGCUGCUUCACCUCCCACAGUGGCCGAGUCCCAGAAAAUGUCAGGAGCUGGGGAACAUGUGUGAGCUGUGCCUGCUCCUACCCUUCUCUCAUCUUGAAAAAUACUUUGGUGCCAGUCAUCUUGAAAAAUACUUUGGUGCCCCCUGAUUUGGGUGAUCAAAUGGACAUAGGGUACUACUGGUGUCAAUUUUGGUUUGAGGACCUCAGCCUAUACCCUGCAGAGAGUGGAGGUGGGAAGAGAACAAAGGAAGAUAAUAGAGUGAUGAGAAAUUUGUAAAGCUUAGAUGAUAAGAAUAUAUUAAGGGGGAAACUUUGGUGUUUCACCAUAAAAUGUUUGCUGUGUGGGUUUUCUUAGCUAUUUUGUUUUAUCUGACCUUGUACGUUUCCUAUUCCUAGUUUAGUAGUGGUUUUCUUGUUUUUUAAGUCAUGAAUGGUAAUUGGGUUUUGUCAAAUGCAUGUUCUGUAUAUAUUAAGGUGAUCAUAUUGUAUUUAUCCUUUCAUUUACAUUACCAUAAAUUAUAUUUGUAAUCCUAGAAUUAACAAUGCUUGGCCAUGAUGUAUUUUAUACAUUUAUAAUUAAUCUCACUAGAUUGGUUAGAAUUUCUGCAUUUAUUGUUAUGUAAAAAUGGAUCUGUUCUUUUACUUUCCUCCUAUGUCCUUGUCAGGUUUUACAUCAAAGUUAUAAUGGCCUCCUAAAAAGACGUGGGAAGUGAUUCCUCUGAUUCUAUUCUCUGAGGUCAUGUCUUUCAUUAAUGUUUAGAAAAGUUCACCAGUGAAGCUAGUUGGAUCUUGGGUUUUCUUUAUGGGAAAGCUUUUACUAACAGGUUCAAUUUAUUUAAUAGUUGUUGGACUAGUCAGAUUUUCUAUUUUCUCUUCUGUCAGUUUUAGUAAAUUGUAACUUUCAACGAAUUUAGCCAUUUCAUCCCAGCUGUCAAAUGUAGUGGCAUGAAACAGUAUGAUAACCGUGUACUUCGUAUGGUGUCCUUCAAGUAAUGAGAAUGUAAGCUCUGUGAAGGCUGGGGUUGGGGUCUGUACUGUUCACUAAUGGAUCCUGAUCUUCUAUGUGUAAAAUAAUGCCUGACAUGUGACAGAUACUCAAUAAAUAGUUAUUGAAUUAGUGAAUCAGUAAACAAUAAUAUCACCCAGAUUAUCAAGUAGAACUUUUGAUGUCUAGUUAAUUACUCUGACCCUCAUAUCAUGAAUUGGGCCAUGUCAGUGAAUCCUCACCCCUAUGUAGUUUACAUUUUUAUGAACAAUUCAUAUUUUGAAUUUGUUUCAAAUAAAGUACUCUAGCUGUUGACUAAUGACGCUUUA